AUGAUCAGGCAACUCAACCGAAUACCAUGGAAAGGAAAAUGUACUGAUGGCGUUAUUGUCUUUCCAGCGAAGUCAACCCCGGACGGAGGAGCCUCCAUCACUAAUACGUUCUUCAACGGCUCCAAGGCUCUUUACUGCUGCGGCACACCAGUAGCACUCGGCUCCAGCCUCCGCUGUCCAGCCCACUCCGAUAAUGGCGGCGAACCUUUUGAAGUCGCAAAUGGCAAAGUUAUCACCGGGCGAGGUCUACUUGAAAAUUUCACUCCACUCACCAAUACAUCAUCAUCUAUCGGGAAUAGCACGUCGAAUGGGACAGUGACCGAGAAGCCUAAAUGCAAUAGCUGUCAUGAGACUGCCAUUGGCGCAGGCGUCGGAGUCCCGCUCGGCUGUCUAGCUCUGCUCUUCUUGGUAUGGGCACUCCUAGAGCGCAGAAGAACCGCCCGGCUGAGGCGCGCGCUUUCGACCCCGACUGUAACGACUGCCCUGGCUUCUCGACAAGCAGGUCCCAGUGAGCUGUCAGAUCCCUCGAGCAAGGGACAACCCGUCGUUGAACUGGAGGGCGCCCGUCCAGAGCUCGAUGGAGGAGGUCCAAUAAGGGUGUGA